GUUCAAGCCGAUCCAAUUAUACAUUAUAAAAUGCAAUACAAAUUAAUCAAACUCAUUCAAAUUAUGGCAUAAAAAUAUUCGUGAAACCAAUCUAAAAAUCUAUUUCUUUGACUCCGUCUGUGCCGAAUUACACUAAAGCAGAGAACGUAUAUGAUAUAAGUUCUUUGACUAAAGUGCUUGCAAAACUUUCAAAAACUCAUACCUUAGGAAUGUCAGCAGUUGCAUACAUAUGUAAUAAAGAAACUCAUCCGACUAUAUUUUUUGCCUUUUUGAAAAGAAAAAUUGCUAAAAAAAGCUAUUUUUAGUGUUUUUCGAAGUGUGUAAAACUGAAGUUAACUGUAUUUUAAACAUAUUCAUUCCUGUUUAUAUGGGUUGUAUAUGGUUUUAAGAUUUAUCAACUAACUAAAGAAUGAGCCACAAAGUCUGCUGUAAAGACAAUUCGAUAAUUUCAAAGAAGUGAAAUAAAAAAAAAAAUAAAAAUCCAAUUUAGAUCUAGAAAAAGUGAAACGAUUUUUUCACAGCAAAUCAAUUGAAGUGCAAAUGUCAAAAAAAAGCAAAACUAAAAACAAAACAAUAGUGAAGUGCCGUUAGAGUCGUAAAAAUAUAACGUUCCACAUUACGCGCCACAUUCCCAGUGAUAUCAGCGUUUUCAAAAGAGUGUUCCCAAAACCAAUAAUUAUUUGGAUAGUAUUUAUGCAUUGGCCCAUAAAGACAUUGCCAUGAAAAGGAAACUCUUAGCCAGGAUUUAUAAACUGAAUUUAUCAGCGAAGUGCGUUAGUUUGCUCGGUCUAUUAUUUUUACUCAUUUGCAUGGCCUCCAGUGACAAAGAUGUCCAAUCAUUUCCCGCCCGAAAAAAACCAGAUAUUCAACAAUUUCCAGCGCCAAAAUCACCAAAGCCGCCGCCAGAAGAAGCAGAAACACCUAACCCUUUGGCUUCUACAGAUAGAGAGGUUCUAAACAACCGGGAUGUUCAACCUAUGCCAAACCCGGCGCCAAAAGAAGUAGAAACACCUCCACCGUUGCCUUCUACGGAUAAAGAGGUGCCAAAAGAUCUAGAUGUUCAACCUGUGCCAAACCUGCCACCAAAAGAAGUAGAAACACCUCCACCGUUGCCUUCUACGGAUAAAGAGGCGCCAAAAGAUCCAGAUGUUCAACCUGCGCUAAACCCGCAACCAAAAGAAGUAGAAACACCUCCACCAUUGCCUUUUACAGAUAGAGAGGCGCCAAAAGAUCCAGAUGUUCAGCCUGCGCCAAACCCGCCACCAAAAGAAGUAGAAACACCUCCACCGUUGGCUUCUACAGAUACAGAGGCGCCAAAAAAUAUAAAUGUUCUACCCACAGCAAAGUCAUUGCCAGAUGAAAAUGAUAUUAUACCGUUAGAAGCACCUCAACCGAAAGAAAUUGUACCCAUAUUUACACCUGCAGCGCCAAAGUCGAAAGCACCUCAAGCGUCUAAUCGUACAAUAGCAGACCAAAAUCAACGAUACGAGGAUGAAAGUCAUGUUGAUAUGAUAUGCAAAGAUGGACUCAUCUUACGAGCUUGGCGUCCUUUGACGGGUAUAUCACAAGAAGAACGUAUACUUCGUGGCAUAGUUUACUUUCUUGCAAUGCUUUAUUUAUUUAUUGGAGUGGCCAUUGUAUCGAACCGUUUUAUGGAGGGUAUUGAGGUGAUCACAUCUAGUGAGAGACGUGUAACCGUACUCAAUAGACAUGGUCAGAGAGAAACCAUAACAGUACAUGUAUGGAAUGAGACUGUAGCUAAUUUGACGCUAAUGGCUUUAGGAUCGAGUGCACCAGAAAUUUUACUUUCCAUAAUCGAAAUGUUUCAGAAGGAUUUUGAAGCCGGUGACAUAGGUCCAGGUACGAUCGUCGGCUCGGCAGCAUAUAACUUAUUUAUCAUUAUUGGCAUUUGUAUAGUCGUCAUACCGAAAGGUCAAGUGCGCAGAAUACAGCACUUUCGCGUAUUUGUGGUGACAGCUACUUGGUCGGUAUUUGCAUAUGUGUGGAUGUGUAUCAUAACAAAGUAUGUAACACCGCACAUUGUCGACAUAUGGGAGGCUUUAGUAACAUUGAUAUCCUUUCCGAUUUUCGUUUAUCAUUCUUAUAUCACGGAACGACGUCUUUUCUGUCCGAGAUGUUACAAACAAACGUACGAUGUUAAUCAACGGAACGUUGUGAUGAGCUCGAUCGACACGACCGAACGGGACUCGGAACCGAUACGUUCGAGUAUUAAAGAUUUAAUUGAGACGCCGGAAAUGCGUGAAUUCGAGGAACAACGCCGUGAAUACAUCACCAAACUGAAGGAAUUAUAUCGCAGACAUCCGCAAUAUGAUUUGGAAAAGAUUCAGGCAAUGGCACAAGAGCAUUUAAUACGCGUGAGCAGGAAGUCGAGAGCUUUCUAUCGUAUACAUUCGGGACGUCGCUUAACCGGUGCCGGUGGUGUGUUAAGAAAAGCACGUGAUUAUGCAGCUGUGGAAAUUGGUCAAGCAAAAGCCGUAUAUCGUUUGCAAGUGAAAGAGGAGGAGCCAGAGAUUGAUGAAGAUUUUGAGACACGUUUGUAUUUUGAACCCUGUCAUUAUACAGUCUUGGAAAGUGUUGGCGAUGUGGAGCUAUAUGUGAUUCGUGCGGGUAGUUUAGCAAAAUUCACCAAAGUCGAAUACUACACCGUAGAUGGCACAGCCGAAGCUGGCUCAGAUUAUAUUCCCGUAAGUGGUGUACUCGAAUUUCCACCGGGUAUUGAAGUGCAAAUAAUAAAAAUAUCUAUUGUUGAUGACGAUAUUUUCGAAGAAGACGAACAUUUUUAUGUCCAUCUCAAGAAUCCCAGCGAUGAUGCUGUAAUCAUCACACCCAAAGUAGCGACCAUCAUGAUUUUAGACGAUGAUCAUUGUGGCAUUUUCGAAUUCAAAGACAAAGAACAUAUUAUACCCGAAAAUGUGGGCAUUUACGAAGUGAAAGUGAAACGUUAUUCGGGCGUUCGUUGCAAAAUUAUUCUACCUUAUUACACCAAAGCGAAAACCGCAACAUCGGGAAAGGAAUAUAUGGAUGUGAAAGGAGAACUGGUAUUUGAAAAUGGGGUACAUGAGCUUUCUAUAGAAAUCGAAAUCAUUGAAGAGCACUGCUUUGAAAAGAAUGUUUUCUUCGAAGUGUACCUUGGUCAACCAAGAGUAUCAGAAGAUGAUCCACUCCUUCUUCGAGUACGAGAGGUUCAACAAAAGCCUAAGGAUGAAAGAACUUUUCGAGAUAAUAUUCUUUUGGCAGGUCUUCCGAAAUUGGCAGAUAUAUCAAAAAUACAAUGUCGCAUUACAGAAAGUGAAGAAUUCAAACAAACAGUUAACAGGCUGGUUCAAACAGCGAAUGCGUCAAAGCUGAUUGGUACCACCUCGUGGAAGGAGCAAUUUUUGGACGCCAUGACAGUUUCAGGUGGUGGAGGACUAUACGUAGACGAUGCUGAUGAUGAUAUUGAAUAUGAGGAAGAUGAGGACGAGGACAAUACUGGACCCAGCGGAUGCGAAUAUUUUAUGCAUUUUUUGUCGAUUUUUUGGAAAAUCUGUUUUUCUAUAAUACCACCAGCUAAAAUCUGGAAUGGAUAUCCGUGUUUCAUUAUUUCGAUCAUCCUGAUAACAAUUUGUACUACCGUGCUCGUUGAUGUUUCAUCUCACUUCGGUUGCACAUUGGGUGUACUAGAUUCGGUUACAGCAAUUUGUUUAGUAGCAUUAGGCACCAGUUUACCAGACACAUUCGCCAGCAAAGUGGCGGCCAUACAUGACAAAACCGCCGACAAUGCUAUUGGCAAUGUCACGGGCAGUAAUGCGGUGAAUGUGUUUCUUGGAAUCGGUAUAGCAUGGUCUAUGGCAGCCAUAUAUCACGCUAUGAACGGAUCUAAAUUUUAUGUACCCGCGGGAUCUGUGCUCUUUUCAACGGUGCUCUAUCUAGGAGAAGCGAUUAUCGGGUUCGCGUUAAUAGUCUAUCGACGCAAGGAAUCCAUAGGCGGAGAGCUUGGUGGCCCAGUGGGAAUUAAGUGGUUGCAUGGCAUUAUGUUAUUUUCACUUUGGUUUAUUUAUUUAGCAAUUAGCACAGUGGAAGCAUAUGGCAUUAUUCCAGGUUUCUAAAAGGGUCACAUAAAAUUCUAAUAUACAUACAGACAAACACCAAUAGAAUAUAACUUAACUAUGUGCAUAAAACCGAUGUACUGCUAACAAAAAUAAGAUUUUUUAGUUCUUACAAAUACAAAGUUUAUUUAAUAUAAACAUGGAAA